AUCAAGCGACAGCAAGACACGUGAUACAGAUUUCUGGCCAAUCAGAUGAGUUUGCCAGUGAUGCUUCGCCCCUCUUUCAAGCAUUUGGUUUGUGGUUUAUGUUCUGGUAAUUUGGAAUCUCAGUCCCUAUGAAAUGCAGUUGUUUUAACAUAUUUCUCAAGAUUAAAGCACAAACAUAAAAUGACUGGUUAGGAGUGGACUAAUUCGUUAACACUGACAAGGUAAGAGACGACUGGAAAGAUGGAAACUUUGAUUCCCACCAUUAACCGGCUGCAGGAAGUCUUUCAGACUGUCGGGACAGAGAUCAUCCAGCUGCCUCAGAUAGUCGUGGUUGGGACUCAGAGCAGUGGAAAAAGCUCAGUGUUGGAGAGCCUGGUCGGAAGGGAUUUUUUGCCUCGGGGAUCUGGAAUAGUCACAAGACGACCCCUUGUGUUGCAGCUCGUCAAUGUUGCUCCGCGGCAGGAAAGACUGAAGAAUGAGCACGGAAAUGGGCUUAAACAAAACACUCAAAACAGCUACCCAGGUAUCAAAGCAGAAGAAUGGGGCACGUUUUUGCAUUGCAAGAAUCAGAUCUUCACAGAUUUUGUGGAAAUUCGUAAAGAAAUCGAAGCAGAGACGGAACGCAGUUCGGGAGACAACAAAGGAAUCACUUCUGAACCCAUAUAUUUGAAGAUAUUCUCCCCCAAAGUUCUGAAUCUCACGCUGGUUGACUUACCUGGAAUUAUCAAGGUUCCUGUAGGAGACCAGCCAGAGAACAUUGAGGCUCAAGUGCAAGAGAUGAUCUUAUCCUUCAUCUCUAAUCCAAACUCCCUCAUCCUCGCGGUAUCUCCUGCCAAUUCUGACUUGGCCACCUCUGAUGCUCUGAAAUUGGCACGUGAAGUUGAUCCAGAUGGUCGUCGGACGCUGUUGGUGGUCAGUAAGCUGGACUUGAUGGAUGCAGGAACGGAUGCGCUGGAGGUCCUCCUGGGUAGAGUCAUACCUGUAAGGCUUGGCAUCAUCGGCGUAGUCAACAGGAGCCAGCAUGACAUUAAUACACAAAAGAGCCUGGAGGACUCGAUUAAAGACGAGCACGUUUUUCUGCAGCGCCACUACCCCUCUCUCGUUUCCAGAGCGGGCUCACGCUACCUUGCAAAAACCCUCAGUAAACUGCUCAUGCACCACAUCAGGGACUGCCUGCCAGACCUCAAAACACGAGUGACGGUGCUCAUGGCGCAGUACCAGGCACGACUCAACAGCUACGGUCAGCCUGUGGAGGACCACAGCGCCACUCUACUGCAGAUUGUCACCAAGUUUGCCACAGAUUAUUGCAACACCAUAGAGGGAACAGCCAGGCACAUACAAACAUCUGAGCUCUGCGGAGGUGCUCGGAUCUGCUACAUAUUCCACGAAACCUUUGGCCGCACUCUGCAGUCUAUCGACCCUCUGGGAGGCCUGACUGACCUCGACAUCCUCACUGCCAUCCGCAACGCUACGGGUCCAAGGCCGGCUCUUUUUGUGCCUGAAGUAUCGUUUGAGUUGUUGGUGAAGAGGCAAAUAAAGCGCCUGGAGGAGCCCAGCAUGCGCUGCGUGGAGCUCGUUCACGAGGAGCUCCAGAGGAUCAUCCAGCACUGCUCCUCCUACAGCACACAGGAGCUUCUUCGAUUUCCUAAACUGCACGAUUCCAUAGUGGAAGUGGUGACCGGAUUGUUGAGGAAACGCUUGCCAAUUACUAAUGAAAUGGUGCACAAUUUAAUUGCAAUUGAGCUUGCUUAUAUCAACACCAAACAUCCAGACUUCACAGAUGCAGCUCAGGUCUCAGCGUCCGUCAACAGUCAGCAGGCAGACUCUCUGGACGGAGGGAAACACUGGAAGACUGAGAAGACUGCAGAGAAUAAAGCUCAAGUCACAAGCUUUGGCAGCCCCAGCAAAAGCCAGGCUAUCAACCUUCUGGACACAGCGGUACCCAUUUCUCGCAAGCUGAGUGCCAAGGAGCAGAGGGACUGCGAGGUCAUCCAGCGGCUCAUCAACUCCUACUUCCUGAUUGUCCGCAAAAGCAUCCAAGACAGCGUACCCAAGACGGUCAUGCACUUCCUGGUGAACUUCGUGAAGGAGCAUCUGCAGAGUGAGCUGGUGGGUCAGCUUUACAAGCAGGGCCUGCUGCAGGAGUUACUUAUCGAGUCUCAGGAAACCGCGCAGCAGCGGACUGAGGUCGCACAAAUGCUCGAGGCACUUAAAAAGGCUAAUAACAUCAUCUCUGAGAUCCGGGAGACCCAUCUUUGGUAGCCAGAGGAAGCUGACAAGCCUCUUUGUUUGUGGAGACCUUUAUGCGUGUAAAAGUGUAUGUGAGUCCACUGUGGAGGAAGUGUGUGCCGCAGUACUGUUUCCUCAUAGACUAAUGAGCAUAGCACAUUAAGCAAGUACUUUGUCUCAACAGAUCAUGUUCAGCGCAGUGGAGCUGCUGUUGCUCCCUCUAAUGUGUGCAGUUGGAAAAUCAAUUCAGAACUCAGGCCAAAAGUGUUUCAUCCUGUGAAAGACACCUCCAUGAACAAACCCCUUUAGCUCGUGAGAACAUUCCCGCUUUAAGUGUGACCUUGUAAUAUGUAAUAUUUAAGGGUGUUUUUGAUGUUUACGCUGCCCCUUUUCCAUGUGUAUCCAUGAGCUGGACCCCUCUGGCAGGUUCUUAUGCUAAUAUGGAUUUAUAGUUUAAACUUUCAUCACCUGUGAUCAUUAGAUAGAAGUUAAAAUCUAAGCGUGCCAGUGCUGACUGCAGUGCAACAGUGAAGACGCACUGGAGUUAUCGUCCAAAAAAA